UUCGAAAGCGUAUGAAAGCUAUUCAAUUCGAAACACUAAAAUAAUAGUAAUUGCAUCCACACCAAUUGUACUUACCGUGUUUGCACGUUUUAUAAUAACUUUACAAAAAGAAAAAAAAUAAUAUUUUAUUUAAAAAGUAAUAUAAAAAUAUUUCAAGUAGAAGCACGUGAACGCUAUAGUAGAAAAUAGAAUCACAGAUUAACCUACUAAACCUGAAUCUGUGGUAGAACCAUCCUCUCUGUUUUGUGGAACAAACCGAACAACAAACCAAAACCACAGCUAUCACAAAAGCAUUCUGAAAGAAAAAGUUUGAGAGGUGAUAAUUUUCUGUUUUUUUUUUUGAUAACCUAAGUUAAAUAUUUUGAAUCAAUAAUGAGUGACUCUUCGGACACUUCAUGGUCUCGUUUCGCCAAAUACUACGACCCCAUAAAAAUUGGCUCUAUCGACGGCACUGACACUGAGCCCCACGACAAAGGCAUCGUCCGAGCUCUAAAUUCCGAAUAUCACCCUAACCGCCACGUUAAAGGCCGGCCUGAGUGCACAAUUUUUGUUAGUCGUUUAAGUCUCAAGACUACGAAAGAUACAAUUAAGGACAUUUUUUCAAAAUUUGGCCCUUUGCGUAGAUUUCGUUUGGUUAAAGAUAUAGUCACGGGAAUGCCCAAAGGCUACGCUUUCAUAGAGUACGAAAAUGAACUCGAUGCCGAGGAAGCGUAUUGCAAAGCAAAUAAAAUGAAUAUUGAUGGAAAUAUAAUUUUUGUGGACUUUGAAUGCGAGCGAUUAUUAAAAGGCUGGCGACCUAGACGGCUUGGGGGCGGUUUUGGUGGGAAAAAGGAGUCUGGACAGCUGCGGUUUGGUGGACGUGAUCGACCUUUUAAAAAACCUAUCAGUUUGGAAAUAAAAGAGAGGCGGGAAAGGAGUGGAAAAGACAGGCAUGAAAGUAGACGUGAUCGUAAAUAGUGUCCUUUAUAUGAAAAAAAAUGUUUACUUAUUUAACAAAAGCAGUAAUAAAGUAAAUUCUCGUCUUUA